AUGCUUGCCAGAACUCAUGCAAACAUGCUCGAUGAGUACAUGUCCACCCCAGGUCCCUCCAUGUCCUAUUCCGUACUCAGUUCCAACAAGCAAGACCUGGCCACGUUAUACACCCUCUCUAUGAAAGGAGUAACAUGGUUAAAUAGCCAAGAAAUUGGACAGUCCACUCAAUGGAAUCACUAUUUGGUAAUAUCUGUACCGAACUCUCUCGAUCGUAACAUUAAGGAAGGUCUGUUACUCAUUGAAGGGGGUGUUUCAAGCAUGAACGCACCACAAUCCAACGACAAUAUGAAAGGUCUUUCUCAUUAUUCAGGAACUAUUUGCAGCCAGUUGUAUCUGGUUCCGAAUCAGCCCAUCACGUUUUCAUCGGAUCCUGAACAAAAAGCUCGAAUGGAAGAUCAAUACGUGAGCUUCUCAUGGUUGAAAUUCUUGAAUGCGUUUGAUUCUAAUGUGGCCCAAAACAAAACCACUUCUGUUCAAGAUUAUGAAUGGAUUGGACACUUUCCGAUGGUAAAAACAUCGGCACGAGCGCUCGAUGUUAUUCAAGACUUUGUUCUCCAACAAGUAGGCUUGAAUUUAGAAAAAUUUACAAUUGCUGGAACAUCAAAGAGAGGUUGGGCAACAUGGCUUUUGGGAGCUACUGAUCCUCGAGUGAAAAAUCUCAUUCCAGUCGUGAUUCAAAUUGCCAAUCUUCGGCCAAGUUUAUUACAAAUCAAUCGAUCGUUGUGUCAUUGGCCUGAAGCCUUACAAGAUUAUGAACAUUUGGGAGUUUUACAAAGAUUGAAUUCAUCAGCCUUUGAUGCAUUGCAAGAGGUUAUUGAUCCAUUCGUGUAUCGAGAACGCUAUGCAUCAAUUCCAACAUAUAUGGUCAAUGCUAUGGGAGAUGAAUUCAUGUGGCCAGAACUCUCUUUGUUAAGCUACAAGAAUUUAUCGGGACUCUCCACCAAAUACUUGCGUUAUGUUCCCAAUACAGGACAUAGCUUAGCAGGUUCUGAUGCAUUGGAGAGUGUUCUCACCUUCUACUAUUGCAUGUUGAGAGGUAUUGAAUUACCCAAAUAUACCUUCUCUCAUGAAUACACCAUGAAAGGUGUUCAUAUUGAGGUGAAAGUAUGGAAUGGAAAGAAACCCACUCUGGUUCGUGUUUGGAGAGGAAAUAAUCCCAUCAAUCGAGAUUUCCGAUAUGGAAUUAUAGGAAAUGCCUUCUGGAGUGCACCGGUUGCAGAAUCAUCCUCAGAACCAUUCACUUGGCGAAUAUUUGUCAAUAAUCCAGACCGAGGCUAUCAAGCAGUGAUGGUGGAAUUGGUCUAUGAAAAUUAUGUGGUAGGUUUGAAACCAUUCAAAAUGACCACGAGUGCCUAUGUCAUUCCAGAUACCUAUGUUUGUGCAAAAGCAUCAGUGAUGAUGCGAUUGGAAAUGAGUGUUGUGGUGUUGUUGUUCUUGAUGAUGAUGAUGGUUUGUUUUCCUAGUUCUCAUCAUGCUUCAUAUUUUGUUCAUGAGAAACAUUUUCUCAUUGACCCAAACAACUCAACAAAAUAUAACGACACAAUGAUGAGCAGAGCAUUAGGUCCAUUCCUCUUUGGAGGAGCCUUUGCAUCCAUCCUCUCCGCUCCCUUACUCUACGCAGGUCAUCAUUGGUUACAUAUUCCUCCCGAAUUGUUAGGUCCAAUCCUCUCGGGAUCAUUGGGAUGGUUUUUAGGAGCUGCCUAUGAAUGGGAAUUUGGAGUUGGAGGAAUGACUGGAUGUGGUGGUGUGUUGGCAUGUACAUUUUGGUAUCAUGUUCUGAUUGGAAGGACGUUCAUGAUGAAUGUUAUUGAUUCAAAGGUGUUGAGUUCGGAAGGAUUGUUAUGGUCGUUGUUAUCGCUUCAUCGUCAUUCGGCUUUGGCGGUUCCAUUGUUGAUGAUGGCUACGGGAUUGGUGGGUGUGUAUUUUGGUGUCAAAUCGGAAAGAUAG